CAUUUCACAGCAAAUUUUUAUCACAGGUGCUAAAUAUCAUUGUAUUGAUCAAGUCGGUCUUCACUAUAUAGUCCCCAUCAGAGCUCAAGUUUCAACACAAACUUCUCAAUAAUCAAAACUUUUCACCUUUCUUAUAAAUACCAACUUAUAUAUUUCAAAAUUGUAGAUCCUUAUCUCUGAAAUAUGGCUAUGGUUACAAUGUUAGGCGCAGAAUACCCGGUUGUGAUAUUUAGCAAAAGCUCAUGUUGCAUGUGUCACAGCAUCAAGACAUUGAUCUCCAACUUUGGUGCAAAUCCAGUAGUUUACGAGCUGGAUGAACUGCCCAAUGGGAAGCAGAUGGAAAGAGAGCUCAAAGCAUUAGGAAGAAAGCCAGUUGUGCCAGUUAUUUUUAUAGGAAAAGAGUUAAUAGGUGGUCCUAAUGAAGUCAUGAGCCUCCAUGUCAAGGGAAAGCUUGUUCCACUGCUCUUGCAAGCUAAAGCUAUAUGGUUAUAAUCUGUAACUAAAUUACUGUACUAAGAUGAGUACGCUCUGGUUGAUAGUGUUAUUUUACUAUUGAUUAAGAGCGACGGCCUUUUUGUAACUGUGAGGAAAGUGGCCUUGGAUUGAAUAAUAUAUGAGACCUUGAGACUUAUA